AUGAAUCAAAAUAUUAAACAAAAUAGAAGCAUAACAGAACCUGGGCGGUGCCGUUUCGAGGUGGAUGGUGGCUUGACGGCGAAAUUCCGUGGAUUUGUAUAUCAACGGCAGUUGCGAGGAGCACGCCGACAGAUCUGCGGCGUCGUCUCCGGUGGUGGUGAUCGCGCGUCAGUGGAUUUGCGGGUCUGGAUAAGCGACGGGGGUGUUGACGCGGAUCUGGGUGGUUGGACUGUUAUCGUUUUGGAUUUUGCAUUUGAGUCCUUUCCUGGAUUUUUGAAUGAUAAUAAAAAGCUAUUUGAUGAUGGUGUGGUUUGA